UUCGCAAGUGAGGUGAUCCCGACGCGACCAUGCCAAGCCUGCUCCAGCUCGCCACGCACGCAGAGAAUGAGUUCCGCAGCUUGAUUCGGUCCAAGGACCCGUUAGCACGGUUGAAAGUUCUGCAUGCCGACCUUCAAGCCAAGUGCGACAAGGAACAACUGCUCACGUUGAUGGAAGUGGCGACGCAAAAGCUGGUCGAGAAGCUGUCGUGGGAACUCCACCACAACAAAGGCAUGACGCCAGCCAGCGUCGGCAUUCCCGAACUUCUGGACGUGUGCAUUGCUGGCGCCACGGACAACCUCCUGACGAACCAUGCGCCGUACAAGAUCCUCGAAGACCUCAUGGACGGCCAAACGAUUGUCACGUGCGAAAAGCUGUGGGAACUGCUCGAAACCCGCAAGGGCCGCCUGACCACGGUACGCAAGACGACGACGUCCAUCCCUUUCAUGUCACUAGGCCAACUUCAUCCCGCCAUACGACGGCAAGAUGCCAAAGACAACCAAGGCGUCAUUGUGCCUCUUACGUCUGUCCAACACCCUUCUCCGCCGUCUCUCCAAGACGCACAACACGGUGUUCUGCGGCCGCAUUCUUGCGUUCUUGUCGUUUGCAUUUGCGCUGUCCGAGCGCUCCGCCGUCAACCUCACCGGCCGCGCCAACGUGAACAACGUGACUGUUUUCGAUGACGAAGCGACAUUUGUGGACAACACGCGAACGGACGACGGCGGCAUCAGCAACCCCCACGACACGGCGACCGAGUACCGAGUGUACCAGUCGUUUUGGGCCAUUCAACGGUACUUUCGGCAGCCGAGUGUGGCCAUCGACAGCGCCACCGACUGGAGUUCCUUUACAACCGAGCUCACGGCAGUGUUGGACGCGUUCGACAGCCAUUCGUUCAACCCCAAAGACCUGGACCACGAUGUGGUCAUGUUCGACGAUGACAACUCGCCCGACUUGGCAUUUUUCCAGACAAAGUACUUGACCAACAGUCGACUGUUCCGCUUGCAAUUGCGGGAUCCUGUCUUGCGAGAAUGCAUGUUGACCCAGUUUUGGAUUUUGCUUCGGUACUUUGAGACGGCCAAGCUACCCCCAUCGGCGACAGAGACUCAAGUGUCGGAUCUGUCGGCGCGGGUGUUGAGUUUGCUCAAGAAGACGCCGUCCGAGAGCAAGGGCUUGACGGAUAUGCUCAUGCAAGUGCUCGACCGGGAAACCAAUUGGACGCUGUGGAAACAGGACAAGUGCAAACCGUACGAACGGUUCCCGACUGCCCCCGACAGCAGCCCCCCUCUCCAACACGAUAACGACGCCACUCGAGCCAACGAGCCGCCUCUGAAGAAGCCUCGAGUGGCCGACCCACUGUUGGACGCACUGGUUCAAGAAGACACGCAGAGUCUCUUGUCCAAGAUCCAAGGCCCUACUCGAAAGACGGCGGUGCCCGUGGAAGAGUUUGUGCAGCGGUUCGAAGAAGCCCGGGACCCUGAGAAUGGCAUCGAGCGCGAGUACUGGCCAGACACGGACAAGAUGGUGUGCUGGCGUACGAUGCGCGGAUGCAUGCGCACGAAGAUCACGUUUAUGGACAAGAUGAUUCAAGGCACGGGGGCGAUGGUGGAAGCCAUCUUGCACGUGCAGCAUGGCGACGUUGUGGCGCCGUCGACGUCCCCUGCAUCCGACGACGUCCCCCCCGCGGGGGAUAAUCCCCCCGCAGAAACGUCCAAAGUGGGGCUCCAGUCGUGAAGCCGUAGAAGCAAGAAUGACUUCUUGAUCAUCGUGGGAGAGGGAAUUUGCUAAGCUAACAGACACUACAUAACAAGUGUGACCCAUUUCGUUUCCAUAUA